AUGCUCGCCAAAACACCACCCCUAAAGACUGCCACCGACCAGCAAAAACUUUAUGAACGUUAUAAUAGAAGAGCCACGAAAAAAAUAAAUCAAAUACAGUAUAAUAGAAUUCACUCACCAAGGGGCAGAUUAUACUCGGCAUUUUGUAUAGCUCUCUCUACAGUGGCGGGAGGUUACGUGGUUUUUUAUUCCGACUUUGGUGAGGGAGAACAUUGCUUCACUUCCGCACGAGCUUGGUAUGCGCGUAAACAGGAUGAAUUCUGGACAUUAAGUGAAAAAGAAAAACAAGAUCUAAAAGAUCAAGGAAAAUUAUGA